AGAGACGUCAGAGUGUAAUCACUUUUCAAUCAGACUAAACUUUUUUCUUGAAUUACCAAUCGAUUAGAACGUAUUCAGUAUGGCUAGUGCAGAUGUUUCGUCGGCUCAGUUCCAGGAACCGCCUGUGAACGAAAUCCCAGAGGCUAAUACCGGUACUUCUACGUCUUCAAUCAACGAUACCAUCGACGCGCAGUUCCAAGAACCCAUACCCGCGCCUGCACAAGCAUCUACAUCCACAUCUUCUUCCACCUUAACCUCAACAUCAACAUCAACGCCAACACCCUCUUCCAACAACAACGACGACACCACCGCUCUGCACAAGACUACGACUGAGAAACUCAAGGAUGCAGUGAAGAAGCCGUUUGGUGGUGGUGGUGGUGGUGGUGGUGCAGAAGGCGGAUCGCACAUGUUGGGUAAAAAAGAGAUUACGUCGCCGGAGAUGGCGGCUGCGAAUGAGGUGCUUACGGCUAAGGAGUUGAAGUCGCCGUGA